UGUUACUGCCAGUGUUCAGAAUGUCAGCAUGUAAACGAAGGGAAACAUAAUGUGAUUCCUGCACUGGGAUGCAAGCUCGAGGAGUUGUUGGAAAGAAGACACAAAUGAAUCUGAUAACAGCCAUGAUACUGAAUCCCGUUAUUGUUAUCAUUACAGUUGCAGCUCCAGUAACAGCUCAUUGGCACACUAAAGGGGAAUACAUCUGCCUUGAAGCAGCAAAGAACACCACAUAUGAUCCCUUGUGUGCUUCAAAUAACCAAACUUUCCAGAAUUUUAUGACUUUCCGAUGUUUCGUACGAUAUUUUGAUGUACAUGGCCUGACUGUGCGAAGGGGCGCUUGUUCCACUAACCCAGAGCCCGACCAUUGUGUUCUGUCAUUCGUGGUGUGGCGUCAGGUCUGUGGCGCGGACAACGUCACUUACAGCAGUGUAUGGGAAAUGUUGUGUGAGGCUCAGCGCCAGAACAAACGGAACAGUGUGCAGUACGACGGACCCUGCAGAGUCCAGUGUCUCAUAUCUCUCGCAUACAAACCUGUAUGCAGCUCAGAAAAUUUGGUCUACGCGAACAUGGCAGCCUUAAAAUGCUCUACGCUGAGAAAUCCGGAAAGAAACAUAACCGUGAAGAAAGACGGUCUGUGUUGGAAUAGAGAUUCAUCUGCAAUCAUUUGCAAGGGAUCAAAAUACACUCGACAUAACGGCAAUGAGGAUCCGGUCUGUGCCAGCAACGGCGUCACGUAUGCGAGCUACAGUGAAGUAGCAUGCCUACAAAUUUAUAACCAUGAUAUAAGAAUUCUCCACGACGGACCUUGCAAGUAUAAAGAUAUCGUCCUUCCAAAUGAUGUAAACGAACUCUGCCAUCUAGCAGAUAACAACGCGAUUACAAUGCCUGUUUGUGGGUCCAAUAACCUCACAUAUCCCAACCCGUUUGUCCUGAAGUGUGCCAAACUCAGAGGAGUAGUGUCACCAGACGUGAAAGUUCGGCAUGAGGGAAGCUGUGAAAAAGAUCUAAUGGACGAGGAAAUAGUGGAAUACGAAGAAGAUCCAUGUAAGGAGCAGAAAAGUGUUGGUCCGGCUGACAACAUGACAGAAAAACUUCUCUUUUGCGCUUCCGACGGAAGGUCUUAUUAUUCCUCCAAACAGUACGCAUGCGCCGUCAAGACGAACAGCGACUGGUUUCACUAUACGAUUGUCCGCAUAGGAGUCCCAUGCGACCGGAGUGAUAGUCCAUGUGAAAAACUGCAACUGUUACCCGAGGCUCUGGCGGCAGACCCCAUCUGUGGCUCAGACGGCGUUAGCUAUGCGAACCCUCUGGCUCUAAUGUGCGCCAUGAUCACCGACCCAAAGCUUAGAAAACACCACAAGGGCGCAUGCAUACCGCCUAAGACGUAAAAGAAGAGAAAAAGUCACCAUCAGAAUGUUCAUUUACAUAAGUGACGUGAUGCUAUUUCAAACUUUGAUGUAUUCUCUUCCGCUGAGAAAGGGGAAAAUCUUACUUUCAAUGUCAUCAGUUUUGUAUUAUUAUUCAUCUCUUUUUAGUACAGAAUCAGUGUUACAUUGUGACAGACUUUGCCAAGAGAUGGCAGGAUGUACGCUUUAUACAACGCUUGUAUUUACACUGUAAUGGAAAGACAGUCUAGACUUGCGUACAAUCUUGCGUUGCUAUCACUCCCGAAACUCAUUCCAUUACGUUGUAAUCCUUCCCCUGUCAUUUGUCAUUUGCUCUUUAUCUUACUCCAGUCUCCCCAUUACACUCCUUCCUUCCUUUCGCCGGCUCUGUUAGAUUUAUCGCUCUCUCGUAACUCUGAUGUUUGUCGUCACUUCAAGCCACCACAGCACGCCCUCUCACAAGAGUCGCUUACUAUUCAUUUAGAAAGAUUUGAGUUCCCAGAGGAUACAUUUUUUAAAAGAAAUUCGCACCUCUCAUUGGACAGUUUCUUCAACAAUCAUGUCUCCAUUUGUAAGUUUUGAGGUUUUCACGGCGAUGACUAUGAAGAAAGUCGUCUUCUGGGAUCUGGCGCUUUUCAC